AUGGCUCAGAAAGUAACCCAAGCUCAGAUCAUAAUAACAAGGCAGGAAGGAGAAGCUGUGACCAUGGACUGCAAGUAUGAAAUCAGUUGGACCAGUUAUGACUUGUACUGGUACAAACUGCCUCCCAGUGGAGAGAUGGUUUUCCUUAUUUAUCAGGAUUAUUAUAAGCCAAGUGCAAAGCAGGGCCGCUUCUCCGUGAACUUUCAAAGCACACAAAAAUCAAUCAGCCUCACCAUCUCUUCCUUACAAUCGGCAGACUCAGCGAUGUACUUCUGUGCUCUCUGGAUCCCACGCAAGGCCACAGAGCCACCCAGCUCUAGUGACAUUACAAAAGCCUGUCAGGUGGCAGGCAGUACAAGAGCCAUUUCACCAGUGGGAAGAGCCCCAAGGAUGCAGCCUGGACCACUUGCUCUCUUGUGCACAGUCUUGGCCUUCGUCUGCUUUGAUUCCAGCAAUACCCAGAGUGUUGAUCAACCUAAAAAAGAAGAGCAUAAAAGAGAAGGAGAAUCUGUGACCUUGGACUGCAGAAUCACAGUCAGUUAUGCUUACUAUGUGAUGUACUGGUAUCGACAGGCUUCCAGUGGAGAGAUGCCUCACAUCAUCUAUCUACUUUCUGACAGUAGAAACUCAAGGCGAGGACGCUAUUCUGUGGUGUUUCAGAGACCAAACCUAAAGCUCACCAUCUCAGCCUUGACGCUUACAGACUCAGCCGUCUAUUUCUGUGCUGUUGCACAAGAUCCCACAGUGAGGCUAGUGAUGGGAAGAGCCUUACAAAAACCCCCAGGGCUCAGCAGGAGCCAGCCAGCUACUCUAGGAGCAUAG